AUGUUAAAGGAUUUGGUUGGCCCUGAAGUUUUUAGAACGUCGAUUGCUCGGUUUUUGAGGGAAAAUUCUUUUCAGUCAGUAGAUAGACGUUCACUUUGGACAGCCUUUCCAACCAAUGCAGAUCACGGAGCCGAUACAAUUCGAUUAAAAGAUGUAAUGGAAUCUUGGUUACUUAAUAAAGGAAUACCCGAGGUUGAAGUAAAAAGAAAUUACGAGGAUAAAUCUAUUAAAUUGGAACAACAACAAGCUGAUAAAAAUAGACAUUUAAUUUAUUUGGAUGAUGAUAAGAUGGGAAGAAUGCGUUUAAAUAAGAGAUUUAAGAGAAUGUGGCAGAUGGAAGAAGAGGAAGAAGAUGAAAUUAAAAAAGAUGAAGAUAUAAAUGGAAUAUUGCAUUGGAUGCUUGAUGGAUUAGAAGAGAAUAAUACUACAACAACAACAACAACAACAACAAGGGAAAUUAAAAGAAGAAAGGAAAACAACAAUAAAAACGUUCAUUUAACCACCAAAAAACGCCAACUCCGCGCAGAAAGAAAAAAAUUCCCAAAUUACAAUUUGUGGUCAAUACCUUUUAGUUAUUCUUUUGGUUCUGUUAAGUCUAAAAAUGGGCAAAUACUUAGGCAAUUUUGGUUAAUUAAUGAAACUAUUCGUUUUGUGGAUAUUGGUUUGAAUAAAGACCAGUAUUUGUUGGCUAAUCCUCAUUGGGUAUAUUCUUAUAGGGUUAAUUAUGAUAUUUUGAAUUGGAGAAUGAUUAUAACACAGGUAAUAUAA